ACCCCCGCCACGCCACCGCCUCUCUCCCCUCCUCUCCCCUUCCUCCCACCUCGCGCCCUCCGCCGCUGCCUCCCGUCCCGGCGCUCCCGCCGUCCCCCCAUCUUCGUUUCUCCGCGCGCGCCGGCCGGAUCGCACGCGGGCCGGGAGUUGCGGGGCGGCCUGACAGCACACAUGCCGCGUUAGGUGAUGACGAGCUUGCCUGAGAGGGGUGCAGCACCACCAUCCGAUCUGCCUUCGCCCUCACGCCGCAAGGGAGACGCCGCCACCGCUGCCGUAGCUUCUUCCUCUGCCUCGGAGGACAUCGGCUCGAAGCACUGCAAGGGCUCGAUCCUCUCUAGCGUCUUCACAAUCUUCGAGGCGCAGCAGGAUUCGUCGUCGUCAGUGGCCGCAGCGGCAGCGUGUGAGAACAAGUCACCAGGGCACUCCUCCGGGCCGUCCUAUGGUGGUGCUUGGUCGAGGGCUCUAAGGAGAUUCGUGGGUGGCGGCUCGAUGUGGCGUUUCCUGGGAUGCGCCAAGGUUCUGACCAAUGGCGACGUGUGGUUCCUUGGAAAAUGCUAUAAGUUUUCGUCUGAGGAGUCGUCGAGCGACUUGGAUACCGACAGUGGGCACGCCGCGUUCUUGGAGGACUUCUCGUCGAGGAUAUGGGUCACUUACCGAAAAGGUUUUGAUGCCAUAUCCGAUUCCAAGUUCACUAGUGAUGUUAACUGGGGCUGCAUGGUUAGAAGCAGUCAGAUGCUGGUUGCUCAGGCAUUAAUGUUUCACCAUCUUGGAAGGUCUUGGAGAAAGCCCUCGCAGAAGCCAUGUAACCCAGAAUAUAUAAGAAUCUUACACCUGUUUGGUGAUUCUGAAGUUUGUGCUUUCUCCGUUCACAAUUUACUUCAAGCUGGAAAGAGUUAUGGUCUGGCUGCUGGCUCAUGGGUCGGUCCAUAUGCUAUGUGCCGGGCAUGGCAAACCCUUAUCCGCACAAAUAGAGAGCAACCUGAAGUUUCAAAUGGAAAUGAAAGUUUUCCUAUGGCGCUCUAUGUGGUUUCGGGUGAUGAAGAUGGUGAAAGAGGUGGAGCUCCAGUUGUUUGCAUUGAUGUUGCUGCUCAGCUUUGUUAUGAUUUCAACAAAGAUCAAUCGACAUGGUCACCUAUUCUUUUAUUGGUACCUCUGGUUCUUGGCCUUGAUAAAAUUAAUCCAAGGUACAUCCCACUACUAAAGGAGACAUUUACAUUUCCUCAAAGCUUGGGCAUUUUAGGUGGAAAACCGGGGACAUCAACUUACAUUGCUGGGAUACAGGAUGACAGGGCACUCUACCUAGAUCCCCAUGAUGUUCAGAUGGCGGUUAACAUAGCAUCUGACAACUUGGAUGCAGACACUUCCUCGUACCACUGCAGCACUGUCCGAGAUAUGGCUCUAGACCUGCUAGACCCCUCCCUGGCCAUUGGUUUUUACUGCCGUGACAAAGACGACUUUGAUGAUUUCUGUUCGCGGGCCUCUGAAUUGGUAGUGAAGGCGAACGGAGCGCCACUCUUUACUGUUGUGCAGUCAAUUCAACCGUCAAAGCAAAUGUAUAACCAGGACGACGGAUCUGGUAGUUCAGGCGAUGGCAUGGCCGACAACAUCAACAUGGAGGACCUUGAUGGCUCCGGGGAAGCGGGUGAAGAGGAGUGGCAGAUUCUCUAAAUGGAGGAAAAAAUUUAACUUCAUUUCGAGUUGAAACCUUGUGACAUCUCACACCACACAUUGGUUGAUUUCCCUUGUCUGUGUGUGAAAACUAGAAAAUCCUUUGUGAAUUUUAGGGUUUCUGAAUCAGCGGAGCAGGCUGGUAAAUCAGAAAGGUAGGAGCAGCUGUUACGGGAGUGAUCAGGCGCAUCUUCAUUCGACGGAAAUCCCUCUGUGUACCAUACGUAUUAUUGUGGCUGACUAUAUAUGUAUCUAUUGAUUGAUUUAUGCUAGAUCAAGUUAUCUCGUUUACCCAUCA